AUGACAACUGUUUGUAAUGGUGCUCCCAUUAGUACUACAUGUAGUAGCCAAAAAAACGAUGAUGAUGAAACCAACAAAAAGAAUGGUAAUAGUGGCUCCAUUAUUCCUUCACGUACUUCAGAGACUGUGUUUGAUCCUCCACCAGUGUAUGAUGAUAUUUGUCGUUUUAUCGCCGAGUACGCUGGUCGACUUCCACGGGAUGUUUUUACAGGUACGGCACCGUAUGAAUACACUGGCUGCGACUAUGCACUUAUUCUCUACGCUAUUCUUCCCAGCCGAUGUAUUGAUCUCUCUCGACUGUGUUGGUCCACAACGCCUCUUCCAUCACAGUUGGAGGCUAAUUUGGUAGUCUUUUGUGAAGGAGCUCGUCGAUUAGAGUUGUGUGAUGCCCCUUCAUCUUCAUUACAUCCACAACAUCUUCGCUCUACACCGGCUUGUAUAGUUCAUCAUAUUAAAGUCCAACAUUGGUUGUAUGUGUUAUCGCAGAGAUUCCGACCAGAGGGAAGUUUUGACCCAGUAACACUACGGAUGGAAUUACGUCAUAUUCAACUCGGUGAACCACGGUUAACAGGAACCACAAUUAUACCUACAUCUACAUCUACAACAUCAUCAUUAUCAUCAUUAACAAUGGCAGGAAGAGUAGUAGGGGCUACUGGAUCCUCUUUAUCACUUGAAGGAGUAAAAAUGAAUGAGAUGGAUAGAGAAGAGGCAUUUUGUUUUCCCUCACUUCACUGCAACGCGCUAUGGAAGGUGGCAGCGGUUAAUUGUAAGCGAACUUCCACUGAAUCCACACAAACUACAAGAAAACGGGCAGCUGGUGAGGCAGAAGUACAACAAAACUCUACAAAAAGUUAUUCACGACCAUGGCGUUCAGCUCCAUCAGGAACAACGACAGCAGGGGCAGUAGUAAACUCUAAUACUACCACUACCAAUAAGAUUUCAAGUCGUCAACCCUUACAGAAACAACAAACAGCAGUACAAACCUCUUCUACUACUGGCGAAGUAUCAUCAAAUGCUACAAAGUCUAUAUCACAAUUGCCAUUAAAAAGUAUUGCUGAACAGUGGAGUGAAUAUGAAGAACGGCGGUUACAUCUCAAAGAGACUUUAGAACUUGCCCGAAAUACCACUCAGUCUAUGCUUUUUACUAAUGGUGCUAUUGACUUUGAUAAUAUCCUUUCUAUUCUUCAUCAGAAGCAGCUAUGA